AUGCAGGUCACGUGGCCGUCUCGUCACGGCUCGUGCCUUUGCGGAAGUGCUUCUCUCUGUGAUGGUGGCAGAAGCAGCGGCCUCUCGACUCUGUCACUGCGGGAACAUGACGCCUCUCUGCGGGACGAUCCUCCACCCCAGCCGCCUGUAGCCCCCCGCUCACCUCCCCUGUCCACCCGGCCUCUGCCUCUCAGCUCCGCUUUGGACUUCCUCGCCGGGCCCGGUGCCUCCGGAGCCGCCAGCAGGGACCAGAAUGACUUCGUGGGGCAGAUCGUGGAGCUCGGGGACAUGAAGCUGAGGAUAAAGCGGGUGAUAGCAGAAGGGGGAUUCGCCUUUGUGUACGAGGCCCAAGACAUGAGCAGUGGAAAAGACUACGCCUUAAAGCGGCUGUUGUCUCACGAAGAGGAGAAGAGCAAAGAAAUCAUUCAAGAAGUCUGCUUCAUGAAAAAGCUGUCGGGUCAUCCCAACAUGGUGCAGUUCUGCUCGGCUGCGUCCAUCAGUAAAGAGGAGUCGGACACGGGUCAGGCCGAGUUCCUGAUCCUCACCGAGCUCUGUAAAGGUCAGCUGGUGGACUUCAUAAAGCGUGUGGAGCAGCGAGCGCCGCUGUCCUGUGACACGGUUCUGAAAACCUUCUACCAGUCGUGCCGCGCCGUGCAGCACAUGCACAAACAGAAGCCUCCGAUCAUCCACCGAGACCUGAAGAUCGAGAACCUGUUGAUCAGUAACCAGGGCACCAUCAAACUCUGCGACUUCGGCAGCUCCACCACCGUGUCCCACUACCCCGACUACAGCUGGUCGGCUCAGAAGAGGUCCAUGGUGGAGGACGAGAUCACCAGGAACACGACUCCGGCUUAUCGAACGCCAGAGAUGAUCGACCUCUACUCCAACUUCCCCAUCAACGAGAAGCAAGACAUCUGGGCUCUGGGAUGCAUCCUGUACCUGUUGUGUUUUAAGCAGCACCCGUUUGAAGACGGAGCCAAACUACAGAUCGUCAACGGCAAAUACAGCAUCCCCCAGAACGACGUCAAGUACACAGUUUACCACGAGCUCAUACGCUCGAUGCUGAAGGUGAAUCCAGAGGAGCGUCUGUCCAUCACAGAGUUGGUGAAUCAGCUUCAGGAAAUCGCUGCUGCUCGCAACGUCAACCCCAAGUCUCCCAUCACAGAGCUGCUGGAGCAAAACGGGGGAUUCGGGAACAAUGGAGCUCAGCCACCGGCACUGAUCCACAACGCACACAACAACGCAGGUACACGACGCACACAACAGCACAGGUACACGACGCACACAACAGCACAGGUACACGACGCACACAACAGCACAGAGGGAGACCGGGAGAGAGGGGAGACCGGGGAGACCGGGGAGACCGGAAAGACCGGGGAGAGACCGGGGGGAGACCGGGGGGAGACCGGGGAGAGACCGGGGGGAGACCGGGGGGAGACCGGGGAGAGAGGGGAGACCGGGGAGAGAGGGGAGACCGGAGAGAGGGGAGACCGGAGAGAGGGGAGACCGGAGAGAGGGGAGACCGGAGAGACCGGGGAGAGAGGGAGAGCGAAGGAGAGCAAAGGAGAGCAAGAGCAAAGGAGAGCAAGAGCAAAGGAGAGCAGAGCGAAGGAGCAGAGCGAAGGAGCAGAGCGAAGGAGCAGAGCGAAGGAGCAGAGCGAAGGAGCAGAGCGAAGGAGCAGAGCCAAGGAGCAGAGCGAAGGAGCAGAGCCAAGGAGCAGAGCGAAGGAGCAGAGCCAAGGAGCAGAGCGAAGGAGCAGAGCGAAGGAGCAGAGCGAAGGAGCAGAGCGAAGGAGCAGAGCGAAGGAGCAGAGCCAAGGAGCAGAGCGAAGGAGCAGAGCGAAGGAGCAGAGCCAAGGAGCAGAGCGAAGGAGCAGAGCCAAGGAGCAGAGCGAAGGAGCAGAGCGAAGGAGCAGAGCGAAGGAGCAGAGCGAAGGAGCAGAGCGAAGGAGCAGAGCGAAGGAGCAGAGCGAAGGAGCAGAGCGAAGGAGCAGAGCGAAGGAGCGAAGGAGAGGAGCAGAGCGAAGGAGCGAAGGAGAGGAGCAGAGCGAAGGAGCGAAGGAGAGGAGCAGAGCGAAGGAGAGGAGCAGAGCGACAGGCGUGUUCGACCCGGACCCGGCUGGGAGCGGUCUGAUGGAUAUCCUGAGGGGAGGGACCGAGCGCUUUCUCACCAACAUCAAGGACACGUCUUCCAAAGUGAUCCAGUCCGUUGCCAGCUACGCCAAAGGAGACUUGGAUAUUUCGUACAUUACCUCCAGAAUAGCAGUGAUGUCGUACCCGGCUGAGGGAGUGGAGUCAGCCAUAAAGAACAACAUAGAAGACGUGCGUUUGUUCCUGGACUCUCGACACGCCGGUCACUACGCCGUCUACAACCUCUCCAAGCGCUCCUACAGGCCCUCGCGCUUCCACAACCGGGUCUCUGAAUGUAACUGGCAGCUGCGACGAGCUCCGAACCUGCGCAGUCUGUUCAGCGUGUGUAAAAACAUGCACCUGUGGCUGAAGCAGGACCAAAGGAACAUCUGUAUCGUCCACUGUCUGGACGGCCGGGCGGCGUCUGCGGUGGCGGUCUGCUCCUUCCUCUGCUUCUGUCGUCUCUUCUCCACGGCUGAAGCUGCCGUCUACAUGUUCUCUAUGAAGCGAUGUCCUCCGGGAAUCGCACCCUCACACAAAAGGUACAUAGAGUACAUGUGUGACAUGAUGGCAGAGGAGCCCAUCGUGCCUCACUGUAAACCAAUCACCAUCCACUCCAUCGCCAUGACGCCCGUACCUCUGUUCAACAAACAACGCAACGGCUGCCGGCCCUUCUGUGAGGUGUAUGUGGGCGACGAGAGAGUGCUCACCACGUCGCAGGAGUACGACCGCAUGCAGGAUUUCAAAAUGGAGGACGGCAAAGCAGAGAUCCCUCUGAACGUGACGGUCCAGGGCGACGUGCUGGUGGUCAUCUAUCACGCUCGAUCCACUCUGGGAGGGCGUCUCCAGGCCAAGAUGGCUUCCAUGAAGAUGUUCCAGGUCCAGUUCCACACAGGAUUUGUUCCAAGAAACGCGACCACAGUGAAGUUUGCAAAGUACGACCUGGAUGCGUGUGACAUCCAGGAGAAGUACCCAGACUUGUUCCAGAUCAACCUGAACAUAGAAGUAGAACCCAGAGAUCGACCCUCGGCCAAGACGCCGCCGUGGGAGGGCAUCCAGACCAAGGGCCUCAAUCCCAAGAUCCUCUUCUCCUCCCGCGACGAGCAGCAGGAGAUCCUGAGCAAGUUUGGUAAACCAGAGCUCCCCCGUCAGCCCGGGUCCUCUGUGUUCUACGAGUCCGAGUCUCCGCAGCCGGCUCAGACUCCAGACAGCGCCAACGCCACAGACGCAGAGUCUCCCGCCGACUCCAACGCCAACAACUUCUUCCAGACGCUGGACUGGGAAGACACUUCUGGAGCUCGGGAUGAGGGACAGAGCGGAUCCUUCAACGACCAGGACACUCUGAGCGACCAGUCGGACGGAGAGUCUGUGUCCUACUCUGCCCCCAGCGCGGAGCCUCUGUCCCGGGACACCAGCGAACCACUGUUCGAUGCAGACUUCCAGACCCCUCCUCCCUCUGCUCCGGAGCCGGCCGCAGACACGGCCGACCUCCUGGGCUUAAACUCGGACUCUCGAGCAGCAGAAAUACAAACCGGCCUCAAGUCCGCCUCCAGCAACAGCGACCUGCUCAACGACAUCUUUGCUCCCCCUGCUGGACACUCGGCAGCGGUGCAGGAAGACUUGUUCUUCAGUGGACCCUCCCCAGACCCCAAACCUGUAGACGACCUGUUCGAUCCAUUUGGUGUCGCUGGCUCCGGCUCGGUCUCCUCUCAACAGGAUUCUGGUCCGGACCUGUUUGAAAACUUUCUGGGUCCUGAGAGUUCUGCUCCAGCUUCUAACUCCAGCCUCUUCAACCUCAACAAACUUGUGAACGACGGCCCGAAGAUGACGUCGUCCGCCAGUCAGCCCGACCUGCUGGGAGGCUGGGAGAGCUGGGCCACCACCGGGUCCAGUGUCAGCUCCACCAGCAAACCCGGCUACACCAACACAGCUCCUGGGGCCACAUCCAUGUCCAAGGCCAAGUCUCAGACAUUUGAUCCUUUUGCUGAUCUGGGAAACUUGGCCUCCAACAUUCCUGGUUCCUCCAGCAGCAGCACUAGUUUCUCUGGAUCCUCUUUCAACCCCAAAUCUGCACCUUCUUCAUCUAAAGCCCAGAACCAGGCCUGGAACUCGGGCAGAGCUCAGAGCAAAGCCUGGAUGCCUUCAGCCGGGUCUGGGUCUGGGUCUGGUUCUGGGUCUGGGUCUGUCCCCAAGCCCCCGCCAGCACCUCAGGCCUCCAAACCCAACUACAACCUCAACUUCUCCAGUGUGAUCGGAGGCAGAGAGGACCGGGGGCUGCGCGGACACAACUUUGGUUCCAAGCCCAAAGUGAAGGAGGAUGACUUUGAGGACUUGCUUUCCACUCAGGGUUUUGCUUCUAAACUUGAUAAAAAAGGCCCCAGGACCAUCGCCGAGAUGCGGAGGCAGGAGAUGACGAAAGAGAUCGACCCACUCAAACUACAGAUCCUGGACUGGAUCGAGGGGAAGGAGAGGAACAUCCGUGCUCUUCUGUCCACGCUGCACACGGUGCUGUGGGAGGGAGAGACUCGCUGGAAGGUCGUGGGGAUGGCCGACCUGGUGACUCCCGACCAGGUCAAGAAGCUCUACAGGAGAGCUGCUCUGGUGGUGCAUCCCGACAAGGCGACUGGGCAGCCGUACGAACACUACGCUAAGAUGAUCUUCAUGGAGCUGAACGACGCCUGGUCAGAGUUUGAAAACCAAGGAUCCAAAGCCCUGUUUUGA